UUAACAGAAAAAUGCCAACGUCCAAAUGGUAGUGAAUGGCCCAAGAUUCAGCAUAUCCCUCUUGUUACGGUUUUGAAGGACGUUAACCAUUGAUGUUAUUCAACUUGCAACAGAGAGCUCUUAUACAGAGCAACCGAUAAGCUCAUUUAGCGGGACCAACGACCAACAAUAACUGGAGCUCAGAAGCCAGACAUCAAAGGGAAAUCCAGCUACUGUCAUUGUCAUAUACUUCACCUCAACAAUUUGUGUAACAAUCUCUCUUUCCUUUCAAUAGUUAUUUAAAUUUUUAUGUAGCAAAGGCGAAAACAGUUCCCCCUCCAGGGGAGCAACUGAAAUAUCUUCUCUUUCGGUUCUGUGUUUUAUAAGAUUGUUUUGUACUGUAUUAUUCUUGCAAUUAGAUUUUCAGCUCAUGUGUUCAAGUAGACAUGUAAUCAAAUUUGCAUCAAUACACAACAAAUGAACAAGAUGGUUAUAUCCUUACUACAUAAUUUCAAACGGAUAAUACAAGUCAUGCAGGUGCUUCGAGCUGCUAUGGCGGUGGUGAUGAUAAUGGCGGUGACGGUGAUGUUUUUGCUUUGAUUUCCGCUUUAGGAUUCCAAUUCGGAUUUUCUAGGGUUUUAGAGUUGUGCUUUUUAUGAGAUCAAGCUUCAAAUUUUGAUGCUGCUUGGUGAUUAUAUAUAUUGAGGCCUCAAUGGAAUACUCAUGGUUGUUUGACUGAACUUGAAAUAUUUGAAGAGUAGAAGAAAGUUUGAUCCAAAAAAAGCGAAAAAGAUGGCUGAAGGAGUGUUGUUCUGCAUUGCAGAGGAAAUCCUGAAGAAUCUGGGAUCAAGGGCUAUUGAUGAGAUUGCCUCUGUGUGGGGAUUCAAGGAUCGCCUUGAAGACCUAAAGAACACCAUCAACACUAUCAAAGAUGUGCUCCUUGAUGCUGAGGACAGGCAAUAUGACAGCCGUGUCAUUCGCGGUUGGCUUGAAAGGCUUGCCGUUGUUGUCUACUCCGCAGACGACUUGUUUGACAAGGUUGGUACAGUUGCACUGCAGAAACAGAUCCAAGGUGGAAACAAGUUGACUAAAGAGGUAACCACUUUCUUCUCCAACUCCAAUCAGAUCAAGUUUGCAUUGAGCGUAUCCCAGAAGAUCAAAACAAUAAGGCAAGAGCUGGAUCGUAUAGUCAGAGACGGUAGAGAGUUUGCUUUCGUAUACCGUCCUCACGAGGAAGGGAGUGUGAUAAGUACUAGUAGCCGUAGGAGGAGAGAUCAAACUUAUUCAUUUGUAGAUGCUGACGAAGUUAUUGGCAGAGAUGGUGAUAAAAAAACCAUCUUAAAUAUACUUCUUGCCUCCUGUGAAACUGAGGAUGAGAUACUCCAUGUUAUCCCAAUUGUUGGGAUUGAAGGACAGGGCAAGACAACCUUGGCUCAACUCAUAUAUAAUGAUCCUCAGGUUGAGAAGUACUUCGAGUUGAGGCUCUGGGUGUGUGUAUCAAAAGUCUUUGAUAUAAAGUUGAUUACAGAAAAAAUCCUCAAGUCAGCAACCAAAGCAGAAACUCCGAAUUUAGAAAUGGAGCAGUUACAAGGUCAACUGCGGAAAGAAUUAGGUGAUAAGAGAUACUUGCUUGUUCUGGAUGAUGUUUGGAACGAAAACCGUGAAGAAUGGCUGAAGCUGAGGGCUCUGUUAAAGAUUGGCAGAAAGGGGAGUAAGAUACUUGUAACUACUCGAUCCAGAGAGGUAGCAAAAAUAAUGGGAACAGUUCCUGUGUGUGAGUUACAAGGCCUAUCAGAAGAGAAGUCAUGGGAAUUAUUUCAAAAUAUGGCAUUUGAACACGGACAUACUCAACAGAAGCCACAUCUUAUUGAGGUUGGCAAGGAGAUUGUUAAGAAGUGUGCAAAUGUUCCGCUAGCCAUAAGAACUGUUGGCAGUCUUCUUUAUGGCAAGGAUGAUAGCAAAUGGUUGUCGUUCAAGAAUAGAAGUCUAGCCAAUCUGUCUGACAGAGAAAAUGGUGUUAUAGACAUUCUGAAGCUUAGCUACCAGCACCUAUUGUCACCGUUGAAGAAUUGUUUCGCUUACUGCGCUUUGUUUCCGAAAGACUACGAAUUCGACAAGGAAAUGCUGAUAAAUCUUUGGAUGGCCGAGGGCUUUAUCACUCCAAUAAAGCAUGAAGACCAUAGUUUGGAAGAACUUGCUGAGGAAUAUUUUUUCAUUUUGAUGCAAAGGUGCUUCUUUCAAGAUAUUAAAAAGGAUGAAUGGGGGGGCAUUUCAAGCUGCAAAAUGCACGACUUGAUGCAUGAUCUCGCUCAACAAGUGGCUGGAGUCAACUGUAACGUUGUUGCAAAUUUUGGAAAAAGCAACUCAAAUCAGGGAAUCCAUCGCUUGUCUUUUGCUUAUCGUUUGACUUCAUCGUGGAAGAUACCAAACUGGAUUCUGAAUUUGAAGCGUCUGCGGACAUUUCUUUUGCCCAAACAAGUGAGAGAUGGAUCAACCUUCAGCGAAUUGAUUUGUCUAGAGAUAGUAUCAAGCUUUGGAUGCUUGCGAGUGUUGGAUCUACACAACCUGGGAGUCAGAAAUUUGCCGAGUUCAAUAGGUAAGCUGAUUCACUUAAGGUACCUUAACCUUUCUAGGAAUCCUAUAACAGAACUCCCUGAUUCAAUCACAGACCUCUUAAAUUUGCAAACACUCAACCUAAGACUUGAAACACUGCCUAAAAAUAUGAGAAAACUUGGCAAUCUUAGGAGCCUUGAUUUUUCCCAAUGUCAUUGCAUACGUCAUAUGCCUUCAGGUUUAGGAGAAUUGACUUCUCUCCAUAAACUACCUCGAUUUACAGUCAACAAUAGACAUCUUCCUAAAUUCAGUUCCAAGCCCUCCUCUUCAGCCAAGCUGAGUGAUUUAAAGAACCUUGAUAAACUGACAGGAUUAUUGCACAUUCAAAUUCUUGGAAAGUUAAAAGAACCUUUUUUAGAAGCAACAAGUGCAAAUUUAAAAGGAAAACAUGGGCUUACUAUGUUGCUGAUAGAGUUGGAUAGGUGGGCAUAUGAAGAUGUUAGUGGUAGUACUAGUAAUCAUAUGAAGAUGUUAGUGGUAGUACUAGUAAUGAUGAUGAAGCUGUGCUUGAAGGACUCAAACCACAUCAUAAUUUAAGACAACUGUAUGUUUAUUACUACUGAUAGUUCAGUAGGAACACUUGACAAGAGGGGGGGUGAAUUGUUUCUUGGGAACUUGGGUAAGUUUCUUGCGGAAUUUAAACAAUAAAGAGACUGAGAACAAUGAGCGAAGAAAGGUAUAAAAUGGAGGAACCUUCUUGACCCUAAUCAAGAAGAACCUCACUACUCUUUUGUAUUAAUGCAAUAACUCUAUUACAAAUACACUCUUUAACUCGAGUUCCUCUCGAACACGAGUUCCCCACAGCAAUCCCCUUCGAUUACUGUGCUACUCUUUCUCUCUCUGACUUAACUCUAAGUCGCUCCUUUUCUCUUUCACUUAACUCUAAGUCACUGUUUCUCUCUUUGACUAAACUCUUAGUCGCUCUUUCUCUCUUUGACUUAACUCUAAGUCACUCAAGGAUCACUCAAUCCUUAAACCCAAAAUACAAUAUGAUAGAUAGAUUCUAGUACGUAAUAAAGCUUAUAAUAAUAAGGAACUCAAGGAACACUCUAUUUUGCCAACUGAUUCUUUUAAAACGUUUAAGCUCUUUAAGAUAGAUUUUGUAGAAAUCAGUUGUGUUUUGAAAAUCUAAAACUCUUCUCCUUUUAUAGGAGAGUUUUACCUAGGGUUGGGUACCCAUGUUCUCCUCAACUACCCACUAACAGUUACUGCUCAGUAACAUGGACAUAGUUGGAGAGAAACAGGGGAGACCAAAUCAAAACACUAAAUGCAUGUUUAAACAGAAAUACGUGGGAGAGUUUUAAGGAUCAUGGAAAAUCUUUUGCUUGAGAAACAAGGAGAAUGAAAACAGAAUCCUAUGUUUACAUUUAUUAAUUAAAUUCAUUUUAUUUAUUAACAAAGAUUUUCCAACUUAAAACUCUUUUAUAAUUACAGUUAAUAUAUUUCAAUUUAAAACGUACUAAAAUACUUAGGUUCCUUUCGUUCCAAAUUACGUAUAAACAAUAUUAAAUACUUACAUAAAUCCUAAACAUAAACUCAUAUGUUGUAGUCUUCAUGUUGCACCUUUAGAAGCUUCACUCGAAGACUUCCCAAUUUGUUCCUUCUCUGGAACAUCGAGGAUCCACAUAAUAUAUGAGGAUCUCGCCUUAGGAACUCGCCUAAGGAUCUCGCCUUUGUAAACUUGCUUAAUGAUUAUUUCUUCAAUGUAGUGUCUGACAUGGAUCAGUUACUUGCUUAUAUUCCACAUUGCUUAGUUUAUCCAACUCAGGAUCUCCUUAACUUAGCAUUAUUCCUCUAAGGAUCUCGGAACCUAUUAUGCAACAUAACUUAACCAACUGUCAGGAGUUUGCUUUGUCAUCAUCAAAACUUUAGGGUCAACAACUACAGAGGUCAAAAGCUCUCAAGUUGGGCAAUCAUGGAUAAUUUGUGUGUUAAUCUUCCAAAUCUUGUAAGUGUUUUCCUUUUUCAUUGUGAUUGGUGCCAGGAAGUGCCCUCUUUUGGCCAACUACCUUCCUUGAAGAGUCUUACUCUCAUUUAUUUGAAAAGUGUGGAAUACAUGGAGAUGGAUUGCAGAGUUUAUGACCUAUUCUUCCCAUCACUUGAAGAACUUACAUUGGAGAAAAUGGAUAAUUUGAAGGGAUGGUGGAAAGAAGCAAUGGUUAACAAUGAUACACAACAAGCAGCAAAUAUAUCAGUGAAACGACAACGUUUAUUAGCAAUGUCAUUUUCUAAACUAUCAAAAUUAGAGAUACAAUUCCUACCAAAAUGUCCUAAUGUGGAGGAAUUAAUCCUGGUAGACACCAACGAGAGCAUCUCAGUUUCAUCAUCAUCAUCAUCAUCAUCAUCAAAUUCAUCUUCAAAGUUAAGAAAGUUGACAAUCAGUAAUAUGGAAGACCUCAAAUCCCUCCCAAAAGAAUGUCUGCACCAACUUUCUUCGCUAGAUGUUCAGGAUCGGAAUCUGGUGAACACAGAAGAAAUAGGAAAAGAAGUAUUCAUGAGUCUAUCUUCUUCUCUUCGUUCUUUAGAAUUCGGCGAUUGCCAUAGCUUGAGAUUUUUAACUCAAGGGCUAGAGCAUCUGACAACGAUAGAGAAGUUGGUCCUUAGUAGACCUGGUUAUCGGGCGGGGCGGGUCAGGGUCGGUGUGGGUCAAAAGAGGGUCGGGUAUUGAAAGGGUCAUUUUUAGCGGGUCGAUAAUGGGCGGGUCAAAACGGGUCGCGGGUCAAUAGCGGGUCAUUAGUGGGCGGGUCAAUAAACGAGCAAUGAAAAAUGAAAAACAAAAGAGCCAUGUGCAAGUACAAGUAAAUACAAAGCUAUACACGUAAUUUUUUGUAUCAUUACUAUUUUAAUUUUCAAAAUAAUUGUAGUAUAAGUUUGACUCUAUAAUGACCCUGUCCAAUAAAGGCCCUGUCCAAUAGAAGCCCUGCCCAAUAAAAGUCCUAUUAACUUGACCCUAACCCUAUACCCUGUCCAAUAACCAGGUCUAGUCCUUAGCAAUUGUGAACAGCUUGAUUUACCACCAGAUGAACAAUUACCAUGGAAAAACUUGAAAAGUCUUCGUUCUUUAUGGUUACAUAUGAUUCCUAAGCUAUUGAUUCUUCCAAGUGGGCUUCAACACUUGACAAAUCUCCGUUCUUUAGAAAUAUCACAUGGUAAUGAAUUGAGGGAAAUACCAGAAUGGAUAAGUUGUUUUUCCUUUCUUGGGUUUAUGGAAUUGUAUAGAUGCCCUAAAUUGACAUUUCUGCCAGAAGGGUUAAGCAAGCUUACUGCACUAAACCAACUCAUAAUCAUAGAAUGUCCAGGAUUAACAGAAAAAUGUCGAUGUCCAAAUGGUAAUGAAUGGCCUAAGAUUCAGCAUAUCUCUCUCGUUACUGUUUUGAAGGACGACCAUUGAUGUUGUUGAACUUCCAAGUUACAACAGAGAGCUUCUCUGUACAAACAGAGCAACUCAAUGUAUGUUACAGAUUAUUUUUUAAUUAUUUUAUUUUAUUUGGCAAAUGUAGACUACAGAUUUACACAUGGCUUUAUUAUUAGGCAAAUUUGCCAAAAAGGAGCUUUUAUAAUCCAAAUUUUGCGAUAAAGAACCUUGUAUAAUUUUUUUUUGUGAAAGACAACCUAAGGGAAGAUUUCGGC